AUGUCAUUGAAGACAGUACUACUUGCUGGCUUCGCCCUUGUCUCCGCCACCAUCGGGGAAAACACAUUCGAGAGUGAACUUUGGGACGAUUCGGAUGUUGCGGAGCAAACUGACCAUCACAGUCCUUUGCCAACAUCCUACCUUUCUUCAGAGGAUAUUCCGGAGCACUUUUCAUGGGGCGAUGUUCAUGGUCGAUCAUAUCUUACUCAUUCGUUGAAUCAACACGUUCCACACUAUUGUGGUUCGUGUUGGGCACAUGCCGCCUUGAGCUCAUUGGCUGAUCGGAUCAAAAUUGAUCGAAAUGGGGCGGGACCGGAUAUUAAUCUUUCCAUUCAGUACAUUUUAAAUUGUGGAUCAGAAGCUGGAUCGUGCCAUGGUGGUUCCAUGUUAACGACUUACAAAUUCAUCAAGAAGAAUGGAUUUAUACCGUAUCAGACUUGCAUGCCAUACCUAGCGUGCAGCAGCGAGUCUACCUAUGGCUUUUGCCCCUAUGUGGAUACUACGUGCAGUCCGAUCAAUACUUGUCGAACAUGCAUGCAUGGGACGGACGAAUGCGUGGCUCUUGAUGCUUUUCCAAAUGCCACAGUGGCAGAAUACGGAGUGAUUGAAAAUGAUGUGGAGGCCGUGAAAGCUGAGAUAUUCGCCAGAGGACCAGUCACGGCAGGCUUGUGGGGAAAGUCAUUGUCCAACUUUCAGGGUGGGAGUAUAUUUGACAAUGUCGAUGCUCCUCGGAACUCUACCCAUGCGGUCAGCAUUGUUGGUUGGGGACUAGACGAAAAUACCAAUCAGCGGUAUUGGAUCGUUCGAAAUUCUUGGGGUGAAUACUGGUCGGAACUUGGUUUCUUCAAAAUUCUAAUGGGGAUGAAUGUUCUGGGCAUUGAAUCUCGAAUCACAUGGGCAGUGCCUGGUGAGUAUACAGUUGUUAAUCCACAUCCUUGCUUUGAAGGUGGAGAAAACUGCAAACCAAUCAAUCAAAGGUACCAAGAUCCAUCUGUCAAGGUAGCAUCAAUUCUAUCACAACGAAGAUGA